AUGUCGAGUGAAAAACCAGAACAGAAGUGUGUCUUUUGUAACUCGGUAAGAAAUGAAAAAUUAUUACUGUUUUCAGAAGAGACUAUAUCAAAAUGUAAAAAAGUUUUGAGGUUAAGGAAAUUUCAUAAAUUAAAAUACAAUGACAUUAUUUUACCGGACGAAAUUUAUGAUUCAGCAUACCAUAGUAGUUGUUACAAGACAUUUACAGCGUUGAAAAGACAGUAUUUGACGACAGAUGUUGAAAAAAAGACUUCAUCACAGUCCAGAAAAUCUUUGCCUGCAGUUGAACAGCCAUCUACAUCAGCUGAGAGCUCAAUAAUUGUUGAUACACUUGUACACGAUUCACUUGAAAAAGAUGGAAACCUUCCUGAAACAAAAGAAGCAGAAAAAGAAAUCGACGCUGAACUGCCGUUGGAGGAAGGACCAUCUGAAAAUUUAGCACAAUCAUCGACUGUUGAAACUUCCGAUACUGUAGCUUCUGCAAGUUCAAAUUCAAAUUUGUGUUUUUUUUUUGUAACAAAAAAAAAGAAACAAUUUCGUGGUAAAAUUGACCCAUUACAGGCUUCAGAAAAGGAUCAAUUUGAAAAGAGUGUCCUGUUAAACUUUAAGGCAGAUACUGAAAUUUACAAUGAAACUCUAACUAAAAUACAAAGUGUUCUCUCUCGUCAAGUAUACUACCAUGACAGUUGCCGGCAAAAUUUUAGGAAUCAAAAAAGAUCACUCGUGAAAAGUCCAGUUCGUACUUCAUGGCACAUCUCCCGAGAAGUACAUGAAACUGUUUAUAAAGAAAUAUGUAAUUUAAUUGAAGAGAAUGUUAUAAAUCGAGGACGUUGUUAUUUUCUGAGUUAUUUGCAUAAAGAGUAUCUUGAAAUGUUUAAAGAAUUAAGUGAAAGCUCAGACUCAGCAUCAAUAUUAUCGCAUCCUAUUUGGAAGAAAAGCUUCGCAAGAAAUUUAAUGGAUAUUAUAUACAUUACUCACAACGGUAACCUUAAGACAUCUAAACACAUCUGCUUAGACAUGGCCUUAAAAAGUCUUACAAGCAGUCGAAAAGUGAUCGAUAUAAUAAAUCGUUAUGGUCAUUGUAUAAGUUAUAGCGCUGUCGAGGAGUUAGAAACAGAAGCCACAUUUUCAUCGGUUUCACGUACCGAAAUAUGUCCAGAGGUAAUUAAUAAAGAAGAAAAUCUUGUGGCAGGUGUGGCAUUUGACAAUUAUGACCGAUUUGUUGAUACCAAGACUGGGAAAGACACUCUUCAUGAUACUGUGGGAAUAAUGUACCAAAAUAUUGACCCCAAAGACCCUAACAUAGAAGAGGAAGAGGAAGCAGAAAAAGAAGAUACUGAAGUUAGUAAACGUGACAGGCCUAGACGACGAUCUUUUGAGUCAAUCGACUUCGAGUUACCUCAGUGUGCUAAAAAACUCAGAAAAGUUAGUAACAUUCAAGCUGAAAGCGAAGAAGAGGUUAACAUAAUCUUGCAUAAAAGUCUUUACGAUAAAAUUGACAGAGUUUGGAUGUUAAGUCAUGCUUUGGGAUUAUUAAAUACCCCUAUGUGGACGGGUUUUAACAACAAAAUAGUGAUUGAUAAUACUCCACAACAAUUAAUUACAUAUUUAACUCCGAUUAAUCACUCACCGACAAGCAAUGCAGUAGUUUUGGCAACUAUGCAGCAAUGCAUGGCAGCCUUGCAAGAGCUAAAUCAAAAAUACAUGCAAGUAACUUACGAUUUAGCUAUUGCAAAGAUUGCAUUACAAAUUCAAGCUACAGAAAGUAACACAUUCCAAAAAUUAUUCAUACACUUGGGAGCUUUUCACGUAAUGAUGUCAUAUUUUAAAGCAAUCGGAAAAGUAAUUAAUGAUUGUGGUUUGUCAACCAUCAUGGUUGAAAGUGAAAUGAUUGCUAAUGGAUCCGUUUCAAGCUUUAUUGAGGGCAAACAUUUCAAUCGUUGUAAAAGAUUACACCCAAUGAUGGCAUUAGGACUACAGAUAAUGCAUUUUAGGUCUUUUUUAACACAUAAAAAUAUUCAAAUUUCAGAAGACAUCACAGAAGAGAUUGCACGGUUACAGAAUUGUCAGACAUUUUCAUUUUUUAUUCACAAUGACAGCUUGAAGGAACUGUUCGAGGAAUACGCAAUUUACGAGCAACAAACAUUGAAUGGUGAACACGGUAAAACAGCUCAAUUUUACAUGAUUUAUAUCAAACUCGUUGAUCAUUACUUACAACUAAGUAGGAGCAUUCGUGUUGGUGAUUUCCAAUUAUAUCUUGACACCUUACCAAAAAUAACUAAUUUAUUCUUUGUACUUAACCAUCAAAAUUAUGCAAAAUGGGCAGUCCAAUAUCAUUAUAAUUUGGUAAAAGUUCCGACUACUCAUCCCGGUUUAGAGCAAGAUUUUCAAAAUGGAUUUUUCGGAAUCAAACGGACCGAUAAGCCGUUUUCAAGGCAACCUAUUGAUCUUACAUUAGAGCAGACCAUUAAUGCAGAUGCUGCGAGAACACUUACUGGUAUCUCACAUCUCACUCACUCGAUUUCAGCUCGUCAACGGUGGGCGAGAAGUCACGAUAUCCGCUCAAGUAUAAUUACACACGUAUUGGAUGAGUUAGGAAUUACCAAGAAGCAAGAUAUUUCACCUGAGUUACAACCACAUAACAUUAAGAACAGUUGUCAACAACUUGAAAAAUUUAUUAACGCAUUUGAUCAAUAUGUGAAUCCCUUCGGCUUAGAUUUAUCACCCGAUCAAUUAUUCAACAUAGGUUCCGGAAAAGCUGCGUCAUCUCAAGUGGAAGAGUUCCUCUUAAACAUCCAAAAAAAUGGCGGAGAGCUACGAACAAAUUUCAUCUCGGAAUGUGCAUCUGAUUCGAAAAGAUUUGAAAAGGCCAUCAAAAAGACUCCGAUACACAACUUUUCCAGUCUACUUUUAAAAAAGAAAUCUGUAAAAAUCGGAGGUAAGCAGCAAGAGAUCAAGCUACAGCGAGAUUUAUUUGGACGUUUGUUGGGAAUUUCAAAGGACCAUCAAAUUGAUGUUCUCAAAAUUUUAGCGUAUCCAAUAUCUCCUGUACCUCUUGCUUUAUGUCAUCUCGAUGGUGGCUUCUGCAAAACUGAUAAAUCCGUUCUUCUAAAAUGCCUUGAACCAAAUGUUGAUCAAGAACCACCACGUAAUACAGACGUAUUUUUAAUCGAUGGAUUUUUUAUUCUCCAUUCAAUGAAAGAAGUCCCCAAAACAUUCGGAGUAUUUCAAAGAAAUUUUCUGCAAAUGGUUUCGAAAUAUUCCACACGAAGAAUUGAUGUAAUCUUUGACCAAUAUAUAUUUCCAUCGAUAAAAGAUAGUGAAAGAUGUUUACGACAUGAAGCGUCGUUGAUUGAUUACACAAUUUCGGGGCCUGAACAGGUGCGACCGUCAGAUUUUUCAAAAGAAUUGAAGAAUACUAAAUUCAAGGAAGCUUUGGUAGAUUUUUUUACAAAACACUGGUCUAGUGAAGAAAUGAAAUCAUUUUUGGGUAACCGACAAAUUUUCAUAAAUUUCCGAACUUGUCAAUCAUAUCAAAUUGUAGAUGACAAGAUCCAAUCAAGUGUAGUUGAAAGUUUAUGUUGUACCUCACAUGAAGAAGCUGAUACUAAGAUUGUGUAUCAUGCUUGCAAUAUCACAGAGCAGUCGAAUAUUGUUAUAAGAGCCUCUGAUACUGAUAUUUUAAUUAUAAUGAUUGGUAAUAUGACACGAUUACAAAAUGCCAAUUCUAAUGUUUGGAUGCUCAAUGGCACCGGAAAUAAGGAAAGGUAUAUUCACAUCACAAAAAUUUACAAAGAGCUUGGUGAAUUGCUAGCCAAAAGCUUAAUCGGCUUCCAUGCGUUCACAGGAUGUGAUUUCAAUCCGGCUUUCUUUAAUAAAGGGAAAAGAAGACCUUUUACCUUAUUGAAGAAAAAUACAGAAGUUCAAGAAGCAUUUGCUACUCUUGGUGAAGAAAAUUUGACAGAGGACCAGUUACAACAGGUAUUUAACAGCAUUCAAAAGUUUACCUGCCAACUUUAUAAUGCAAAAAAAUCUGUUGACGUUGAUGAUGGAAGAUACCAACUUUUCGUCAAUAAUUAUAAGGCUUCCGAUGUCAAUGAAAAUUUCAGCAAAAAAAUUUCGAAUUUUGAUGCAAGCUCAAUACCACCAUGUAAAAGUGAGCUUUAUCAACAACUUCUGAGAGCGCAUUAUAUUUCUACAAUUUGGAAAAAUGCUUACAAAAAAGAACCUACGACAUUGGAUCCAUUAGAGUUUGGUUGGAUAGAGCAAGACGAGAAAUUUACAUUCAAAUGGUUUGAAGGAGAUCAACUCCCAACUUCUGUCAGUGAUUUAAUCACCCAAGUUCCUGAUUCCGAAUCACAGGAUGAUGAAGAGGAGUCCCACCUGGAGACAAAUAAUUCCGAUGAAGAUGAAUAA